AUGAGAAAGUCACUUGCGGCUGCAUUCUCUACAAAGGCCCUGCUAGAGCAGGAAGAAAUCAUCCAGGGAUCUGUGGAUGCCUUUAUUGAAGGGAUUCGAGCUCGGGUCAAAGACACCAAGGGAAUUAACAUGACCAAGUGGUUUGAGAUGCUUGCUUUUGAUAUCCUGGGAGAAAUGGCUUUUGGGGAGUCAUUUCAUUGCGCUGAAAAUGGCAAAUCCCAUUUUUGGUCUGACAUGAUUGAGGAGCAUCUUUACUUCAUCACCAUACUUGAUAACUUACGACGAUACCCAUUGAUCGCAGCAAUUGGAAAACUUAUCUUGCCGCGUUUGACAACUGGUGUUCGCAACAAACAUACCAACUAUAGUCGCCAAAAGGUUGCACGCCGGCUUAAUAGUUCAUUCCCCCGGGCAGAUUUCAUUUCACGGUUGAUUGCAAAGGUCCAAAGUCAGGAAAUGGAUAUGGAAGAGCUGACAGCGCACGCUUCAACACUUGUCAUCGCUGGGGGUGAAACCGUAGCCACGUUUCUAGCUGCCGUUACCUAUCAUUUGCUUUCCACUCCGGAGGCUUACAAAAAAUUACGUGAUGAGAUUCGGGGCAAGUACAUGGAUAUUUCAGAGAUCAACUCGACGUCCGCAUUACAACUGCCUUAUCUUCAGGCCGUCAUAUCCGAGGGGCUGCGUAUCUACCCCCCAGGCUCUCAGGGGUUUCCCCGCGUUACUCCGCCCAAGGAAGGAAUUUGGGUGGACGAGAGAUAUGUACCUGGAAAUACCGAGGUUUAUACAUCUGCAUGGACACUCACGCAUGACUCCCGUUACUUCCAUCAGCCUUUUGAAUUCAAACCUCAGCGCUGGCUGGACCCUGAGUGCACUGAUAAUAAAGAGGCUAGUCAGCCCUUUUCGCUGGGACCAAGAGGCUGCCUCGGGCGGAACUUCGCAAUGGUCGAAAUUUCCAUCAUACUGUGCAAGCUGCAUUUUCAAUUCGAUGCCGAGCUUGUAGACCCGAAACAGGGGUGGGAAUCUGAGAGUCGACUGCACGUUAUGUGGUGGAAACCGAAUUUGCCAGUGAGAUUUUUCCCGGUAAAACGUGAGACUUAG